AUGGAUUCAGAGAAAUACCAAACCUCCAUCCAGAAUAAAGUUGAUUAUGGAACCAUUGUCAAAGAUGGUCAGCGAGUGUAUGUUUCCCCUGAACAACAAGCCGAGCAACACCGAGUCAACAUCCACCAGACCAAGAAUGCUCUGGUUGUCAAGAGAAAUCACAUCAGGUUGGUAGCCUACUUUUUGGUGGGUGUCGGAGUCUUCGGAUUUGUCAAACAGAUCUAUGACAUUGUUUUUGAUGAGCCUGAGAAAGUUGUCAUCGAAGGAGAGUCCUACCGCGAAGAAAUAGACAUUUCACAAGGCUUCUUGCUCGGAGAACGCUUGUUCACUGCACUCAGAGACUUGCUGUUUGUGUUCCAAGGUCGAUACUACUUAAUAAAGCUCAGACAAACCCAGAACUUGCAGCUGUCGCAGAAAAUGAUCAGCACGACUGUGAUCGUGGUUGUGAUCCACUUCAUGUUGAUAUCGCUGCAGUACUACUUCAGCUGAUUCUUGCUGCAAGACGUGAUAAGGACCUGGCAAGCCAGUCUGAGUCAAGACGUGUACCAUCAGAAGUCUAGGAGUGGAACAUUCUCGUAUACCAGGACCAAGAUCGGGUCUGGCUUCAUCAGCCAAGACAUGGAAAUUAUCGAAGAAGAAGUUGACAUUUCACUCAUCGCCAUCGGCAUGGUCUUCAUAUUCUUGUGAAUGCUAGGCUGAGUCACCUUUGCUUGCUUCGGAAUCAUGAAAUGCUUGAUAUCUUACAAAGAGCAGUUUGUCAAGCUUGAAGGACUGCACACCCCACCAGAGACCAUCGAGUUGCAAAAGACCAACUUAGAUGAGGAGGAAUGUGACGAGAGUACCAGGCUCAAAAUAGAAACAAAUUUGAAUAUGACAGAAGAAGUAUAGAUGCUAGUGCUAUUUCAAUUUAAAUGA